CCAUUGGUCUGGAGGCGCUGUUGUAAAAUGGCGCCCAGCGAAAUUUAAGUAGUCAAGAAAAAGGGGGGAAAUCUGCUUUCAGCUUUAAACAAAUUAUAAAAAAGAAGAAGCCGAACCGCCAUAGGGAGGCAACACAGAAAACAUUUGCUUCCUUGACGAAAAAGAAGCGCCGUUUCGCGGCUAGAAAAGCGGGCGGCCCGAGACUCGGCACCGUUGAGGAAGAGAGCUUCUCUUUUAUAAAAACUGUGGGCAACCAUGAAUAAUUCCCUGGAUGGCACGAGCUCCUAUGAGGAGCUUGUCCGUCAGAAAGCUCGGAGUAUCCCCCAGCAUCGUAUGAAGGAGUUCCUCGAGUCCUUGGCCAGUAAGGGUCCAGAUGCACUGCAGGAGUUCAGCCAGCAAAGUGAAGAUGUUACAACCACCACCACAACCAUGGUGUACCAGCAAGAUGCCAAUUGCAUUUACACAGACAGCACUGAAGUAGCAGGCUCGCUUCUGGAACUGGCGUGUCCGGUUCAGGUGCAAGUUCAGCCGCAGCAGCAGAUCCAAGAGUCGACAGCUCAGCAGGAGAAUGACGAUCAACAAAUUAUACAGGUGCAGAUUGGCCAGCAGCCAGGUCACAUGCUAGGUCAGGUCCUCCAAGUGCCCUCUGGAUCCCAUCAGCAGCUUCAAGGUGUGACAACAGCACAGCUGAUUCAGCCAGGGGAUCUCACUGAGGAGCAACAACAACAACUCCAAGCCCAGUUGGUGGCGGCUGUUGCCGGUGGACAACAGAUCCAAAUUCAAACAGUGGGGGCCCUCUCCCCCACUCAGCAACAGGAGAGCGUUGAGAGGAGGGCUCCGGGAAGCACAUCCCAAGGCGCAGGUGUCCUCCAGCCUGCCAAGAAACGGAAGGUGGACAUGCCCAUCACGGUGUCUUACGCCCUACCUGGUCAGCAAGUGGCAACAGUCUUGGCUAUUCCACAAGGACAGGGUCAGCAGCAGAGUUAUGUCUCCCUGCGACCAGACCUCCUAACAGUGGACAGCUCCCACCUUUACAGUGCUACAGGCACCAUCACCAGUCCGACAGGGGAGACCUGGACCAUUCCUGUCUAUUCUGCCCCUGCUGGGGCCGGAGGUCGGGAGCAGGUCACACACAUCGCCAUCCCCCAGGAAGCCUAUGGAACUGUGCAGGUCGCCGGGAGCAACGCUACAACCAUGACCACUAUGCCCACACAAGUCGCUGUGGAAAACGACAAAUUGAAAAACUCUUCCAGUCAAAGUCAGACAGCUCAGGCCGUUUCCAGCAUAACAAGCACCGCAGGAAUGGGGGGACAAGAAGAAGUGGUGCACACGUUGGCUGCAAACACACUCUUCCCUGCUCAGCUGAUGAAUGGAAAUAUCCACAUCCCAGUCGCAGUGCAGGGCUACUCCAAUACUACACAGUCACUUAUCUGGGACCCGCAGCAGCAAGUGCUACACACACAGGGACUAACAGGGCAGGAUGGACAGCAGCUACAGGUACAAGCUGUACAGGCUCAAGCAGUUGUUACAGAAGUUGACGGACAAGGCCAGCAGCAAGUGCAAGUUCAGGAGCUUCUGCUCCCCGCCACUCUCAAACCAGAUGAGGGGCUGGAUGUGUGGUGCGCUUGGGCUCAGCGGAAAAACGCAGAGAUGGAUAAAUCUGAUCAACAAAAACUGGCUCCAAUUGGCCGACGGCAGGCGCUACGCUACCAGGAGGACUUAGUGUCGUGUGCUGUGGCUGAGCUCUGCAUGGGUCUUUCGCUAAUGACCAUAGAGGCCCGCGGCCUGGAAGGGGAGCCCUAUGAAGCGGACGUCCUUUACUAUGUUUUUCUGUGCAUACAAAAGUAUCUGUUUGAUAAUGGUCGCGUGGAUGACAUCUUUUCAGACCAGUAUUACACUCGCUUUGCUCAAAGUUUGCACCAGAUUCUCCAACCCUGGACGCCGUCUAUCCAUCCGCUCGGCUAUAUACUCCCCAGUCAUGUGACAGAGGAGAUGCUAUGGGAAUGUAAACAACUUGGGGCUCAUUCCCCAUCCACGUUGCUUACAACGCUGAUGUUCUUCAACACAAAGUAUUUUCAUUUGAAGACAAUUGAUCAGCAUCUAAAGGUUGCCUUUUCCAAAGUUCUGAGACACACCAGGAAAAGCCCAAGUAAUCCCAAAGAUAAGAGCACCAGCAUCCGAUAUCUGAAAACAACAGAAAGAUUCAUUGGCCAGAAAGUCACAGAUGACAUGUACUCAGAGCAGCUUGAGGACCCGGAAAAUCCUCUGCGAUGCCCCAUCAAGCUGUAUGAUUUCUACCUCUUCAAAUGUCCGCAGAGUGCCAAAGGACGUAACGACACCUUUUACUUGACUCCGGAGCCCGUCGUGGCUCCAAACAGCCCCAUCUGGUACUCCACUCAGCCUAUCCCAAAAGAGGAGUUGGAGCAGACGCUGACCCGUAUCCUUGUUGUCCGUGAAAUCCAAGAGACCAUCAACAUGUCAGAGAGUGCGCACUAAUUGGACCGAAGGAAAAAGCCACAUGAACAAGACUGCUUCCUUUUCUUCACCCGGCCUUUGAUUGCUCACUUAGUAGUAGUUCUCGAUCCUCUCACGUACUCUCCUGGGUAUGUAUGUGUUCAUAUUAUUAUGUCUGGGUACACACUAUCCUUGUACAUGUGAAAUGCACAUACAAUCAAUGCAGGCAAUUCUUUGUCUUAUUCAAAGGAAUUAUUGAACUACUCUGCUAUUUUGUUCCUUUUUUUUUUGGCCAAAGGAUGAUUGGACCUGAUCUCUCUGGUAUCAUUUGUACCUUAUUUUAACUCUGGGUCUUUUUUGUGUGUUUUUUAAAUCAUUACUCUCUCUCGGUUCUUUAUAUGCUGUCCAGAAACAAAACUGUAAUAUAUUUCUUUGCUGAUUCUCAUGGACAUCCUCCUUCCAUCUGUCUUCAAUGAACAUCUUGGCCGUAAUGAGGCUGGGUGUGGUGUGACGUCUUUGUUGGUUUUUCCCGCUUUUGGGUCUGUUCACCCAAGGACUUGGAAAUUAGGGGAUGCCAGUUGCGCUACAACAGUUGAUGUCAUUGACUGUUGACUGGACCUCCCCAACCCCCCAAAUGGAAUAGAAACGUUUCUGAACACUCGCCACACCAUGGACAGGUGGCAGCAGGAGCAGUCCCGGGUCGCCCGUACUUCAAUACAUCACCAAGCCUAAAAUGAUUCUGCAAUUUAUUAAUUUGUUUUUUAAAUUCACAGCUUAAUAUAUGAGUUGGAAGACUCAAACAAGUGACACAAGCCCUUAAUGUUCUAUAGUGUAUAAUACUCUACUCCAUGUAUCAAGACUGGCUGUGCCUGGGGGUGUUUUGAAACAUGAACUUUUUUUUGUACAGCUGCUAUAUCAUGUUUUUGCCUUUCCAGUAAAGUCCAGUGUCAGUUCU